GCCUGAACGUCAGAAUCCAUGUCGGCAGAAUCUUUCCAAACAACACUUCUGGGGCUGCUUCUGUCUCAGUGAAAGUCCUAUCGGUUAGCGAGCGGUUAGCAAGCUCCGGCUUCAUAAAUAACUAAUCAAAUGAUAGUACAGUUAGGGUUGACCUCACUCUUGAACUGACAAUUUUAUGCUACAAAAUGGAAUACCUGCUUCAGGUGAAAAUAGGCGCGCUGAUCGGUUUAUUGCUCUUAACUCUUCUUUUUGGAUUUAUCCCUGCUCGAGUCAAAUGGUUCAGAGAUACAAACGGGUCAGAAAUCCACCGCACAGUUCUGAGUCUGAUCAGCUGUUUUGCCGGAGGGGUUUUCCUGGCAGCAUGUCUGCUCGACAUUAUUCCAGAUUAUCUGUCAGACAUCAACGCAGAGCUGAACGCUCAGAAGGUUGAGAUCAAUUUCCCCUUGCCAGAGUUCAUCAUGGCUGCCGGCUUCUUCAUGGUCCUCAUACUGGAGAGGAUUGUCCUGAACUGUCGGGAGACGAGAGGGGCUCAGGAGGAGAGGGCACCCCUUAUACCGGACACCAACAGGCAUGGACACGGCCAUGGGACAGGUCCAGAUCUGGAGAGCAGCGGCCACCACGUCCACGUUGACUUUCAGGCGCACUCCCCCUUUCGCUCCUUCAUGCUUUUCCUCUCUCUCUCGCUCCACUCGGUUUUUGAGGGUCUUGCUAUCGGCCUGCAGAGCACGGACUCAAAGGUAUUAGAGAUCUGCAUCGCUAUACUUGUCCACAAGAGCAUCAUAGUGUUCAGCCUGUCUGUGAAGCUGGUCCAGAGCGCAGUUCGUCCAUUAUGGGUGGCUGCUUACAUCGGAGUGUUCGCCAUGAUGUCGCCUAUAGGAAUCGGCAUUGGCAUCAGUGUGACGGAGGCUCAUCUAGCUGCUGGAGCACUCAUCCAGGCCAUCCUGGAGGGGCUUGCCGCAGGGACGUUUAUUUACAUCACCUUUCUAGAGAUCCUCCCACAUGAGCUCAACUCCCCCGGGAAGCAGCUUCUCAAGGUGCUCUUCAUCCUGCUGGGCUUCAGCGUCAUGGCAUCUCUGACGUUUUUGGGCUGAGACUGAGAACAGACUGUAUUUCAGCUGUCAGUAUGUGACCUGGACACUUUGUGGCAACUUCUGCAGCUCACACUAACGUGUGUACAGACAGACAAACUAUCUUUAUUUGAAAAGAAGAUGUAGGUUUAUAACCGCCCACCUCUGGAGUUUUUAAUGCCUAUGGAGCAACAGAUGUUGGUGUUUUAUUUCUUACAAUAUACUUUUAAAACCAUUUUUUGUAUAUAUAAUUUCUUUUUAAGAGGAUUUUAUGUAAAGAGGAACCACUUACUGCAAUGAUAAGUUUGUUGAAAGACAGUGGAAAUAAGUGGCACAUCACUGAGUCCCCUCAUUUGUCACUGGCCUUGUUUUUCAAACAUGCUUUGGACCUACAAAGAGAGCAUCUGACCUUUGACACUGUUGAGGAAAUCAUUGAAAAAUUGAAAAAUUACUGGAAUAUCAACAUUUCAUACAUUUUUCCAGUAAACUAGCGUAUAUGUAAACUGACUUCCUGAUGCCUUGAGAAUCUGUAUGCCAAAAUACUGUUUGCACUUUAAGGCUAAAAUGUAAUUGGCUUUUAACAACACACUAUUUAAAAAGGCUGAUCCCUAUUAUUUACAUUAUGUUGACUCACUUAAGUCCAUUCCGUUUUGCCACUCUGCUGACUGCUUUAUUAACUUUCUCAAUGUAGAGUGCUUUUAGUUUUCUAUUUUGAUUGGACAAAAUGAAGCUUUAUCAGCACAAAGAGAAGUGCAAGAUAAAGAAUGAAUUCUGCAAACGGAUACCUAUGGUAUUUCACUAGCGCGCAUACUUGUAUUUGUGUCAAGAACUCAAACCAAGCAGGACACCACACUACAGCACAUUGGGCACAUUAUUUCAGUGUUAGUAGAGUUAGUGAAAUACAACAUAUUUUAAAAACAGUGUAGCACACGGACUCCAGCAUGUCUCUGCCUUCAGCCUGCUUACACUCAAAGUCCAGUUUUUUGUCACACUUCCUGUUUUAGUCAUGGGAUAGUCAGAUGGUAGAACAAAGCAGGAAGUUGGAAGCUUUGUAUUGGUUUAUCCUUAUACAGCAAAAAAUAAGUUUUGUAAGUGCGAUCAAAUGUGCCAAGACUCAAAUGUACCUUUUUUUCCCCCUACGUUAAAAGUAAUCUGUCAUCACUAAUGAAACUGUUCCCCAAAGGGAAAACUACUCCUUGUAAUGUGUAAAAAAUAACUUGUUUGUACAGUUCAAAAACAUCAACUGUCUUUUUGUAAGCACACCUACAUUAUUUUGUGCCUUAUGAUUGUUAAUCUCAUGAAAAACUAUUUUGAUGUCUGUUGUGUAAACUUGAUCAAAGUAAAGAUAAAAGAGGAAUUGUC